AUGAGGGAUACCUUCCGCUUCAGCAAGGAGGGAAAACUGAAACUGAGGUACAUAGGUUCCUUUGAGAUUUUUGAGAGAAUCGGGACUCUAGUGUAUCGUCUUGCAUUACCGCUAAAGUUGGCGCAAGUGUAUGACGUCUUUCAUGUGUCGAUGUUGAUGAAGUAUGAGCCUAACUUGACCCAUAUGCUUAAUUUUGAGGAAUUGAACGUGGAUGACAGAGUGCCAUAUGUGGAAAGUCCGGUUCAGAUUGUGGAUCACAAGGAACAGGUUUUGCACACCAAGACCAACCCGUUGGUUGAAGUGGUCUAG